AUGAGCUUUGAGGAAGAAGCGGAUCGCGUACCUUCAUCCAAGGAUAAGUGGGUGGCAAAAUUGGAGGAGAACUCCUACAUGCAAAAAACGUCAAUGAAUAACCUGAUCAUGAAUUAUUUGGUGACAGAAGGAUUUAAGGAAGCUGCUGAGAAGUUUCAACAGGAGGCAGGAGUAGGUCCAACAGUAGAGUUGAGUUCUCUAGAUGAUAGAAUUCGUAUUCGGGAUGCUAUACAGAAUGGUCGUAUUCAGGAAGCUACAGACUUGGUGAAUCAGUUGCAUCCCGAAUUAUUGGACAACGACAGAUAUCUGUACUUCCAUUUGCAACAGUUACACCUGAUUGAAUUGAUACGCACAGGUAGAGUCGAGGAAGCGCUCCAGUUCGCACAAGAUCAACUGAGUGAAGCUGGAGAAUCCGAUGAUAAUAUACUAUGCGAACUAGAACGUACCUUGGCACUGUUGGCUUUUGAUGAACCACACAAGAGUCCUUUCAGUGAUCUUUUGCACCCGACACACAGACAAAAAAUUGCAAGCGAGUUAAACGCUGCUAUAUUGAAGAUGGAGCAUAGAGAAUCGACUAGUCCACGAUUGAAUAAUCUGCUGAAGAUGAUACUAUGGGCACAAGAUGAGUUAGACAAGAAAAAGGUGAAAUAUCCUAAGAUGACUGAUUUAGGCAGUGCUACAAUCGAAAAUCCAAAAUAAUUUUUGUAGACAAAAAAGACUGGAAUUGUAUCUUAAUUUUAUUUAUAAAAAAUAUGAAAUUUAUUCCAAAAUGUAAUUGAGUGCAGAUUGCUGUUUGUGUAUUAGGAAAUUAGGUCUAAAUUUUAAUCUUAUAUAUCACAAUUUAGAGGGUAGAUAUUAACGUAAUUAACAUAAUAUUAUAAUAAAAAUUGUAAUAACAUAUUGUUAUAAUAUAUUGAUGUAAGAAAUAUAAGAGACUUAUUA